CUGCUCCUCGGCGGGCGGUAGCAGCCCCCGGAGUCGCCUGGUGCAUCGCAGCGAGCCGCGUCCCCCCCACUCCCCCCAGGAGAUGCUUCUGGGGCGCCCGUUGAGCUCCCGGGUCUCAGAAGGCCGGUGGGGAGCGAGAGCGGUGGCAAGCCAAUGGCUGUAGGAUUGUCACUGCUAAGGGAAAGCAUUUAGCACCCCGCGAAGCGGGCAACCAGGGGUGUGAAGCAUCUCUGGCACGGCCAGGGACCGCACUCCAGGAAUUGCUGCGCUGCGGCUGUCGCAGAGCGCGUUCCCUGCCUGGCAGCGCCUCACCGUGCAGAUGGCUGCUCGCCGCUCAAAAUCGUCCUGGAGUAAUUGGGAGGUGGCGUGUGCUCUGACUGGGAAGGCUCAAGUCAAAUAGGUUUUUAAUUUAAUCCCAGCCUGCGGAACGAACGCGUGUCUGCCCUGCUGAUGAGACGUGCGGCAUAUUUAAAGUCGUUUGGCUGCUGUGUCUGUUAGUUCAGUUUCCAGAUGCCUCCAGAUGAAAGCUUAAGGUGGGGAGUGCUCUGCGGCCACAGGCACUGCUGGGAUCCACCUCCUGGAGGGGGUCCCUGGGCUCUGAGCAGUGAGGGAGGGGGCAUCCCCCCGGGGUUGGGUGUGCUCCCGGGGGCGAUGGCAAUGGCCGGUCUUCACCUCAGCCUGACUAACAGCCUCUCUUCUCUUUACAGCUGUUUGCAGACAAGGUCCCCAAGACAGCAGAAAACUUCCGUGCCCUGAGCACUGGCGAGAAGGGAUUUGGCUACAAGGGGUCCUGCUUCCACAGAAUCAUUCCUGGAUUCAUGUGCCAGGGUGGUGACUUCACGCGCCACAACGGUACUGGCGGCAAAUCCAUCUAUGGGGAGAAGUUCCCUGAUGAGAACUUCAUCCUGAAGCACACAGGCCCUGGCAUCCUGUCCAUGGCCAAUGCUGGCCCCAACACGAACGGCUCCCAGUUCUUCAUCUGCACUGCCAAGACCGAGUGGUUGGAUGGCAAGCAUGUUGUCUUUGGCCGUGUCAAGGAGGGGAUGAACGUGGUGGAGGCCAUGGAGCGCUGUGGCUCCAAAGAUGGCAAAACAAGCAAGAAGAUCACCAUUACCGACUGUGGGCAGCUCUCAUAAACCCUCCUCUCAACAACUGACCGUUUCUUCAGCAGCCUGGGCACCGCACCCUGCUGCAGCUCGCCCUGUCCCACCCCGCUCCUGACUUAUUGCUGCGUUUCUACUGGGUCUCAGCCCCAUGUGCACGGUCCAGCUGGGCCGCGGUUACCUUUAUGAGUCUAAAUAAAAUGAGUUAAACCACA